AUGCAAUCCUCAUCCACCUCCUCCUCCUCCACUGGCACCGCCGUCUCCUCCAUCUAUGGCCAUCAACCCUUCUCCUCCUCCUCCAUCAACCAUCAUCCUCGCUCCUCUCCCCCAGAUCUACUCGAAAAGGAGGACCGCACAUCCGUCCAUACCACCGACUCCCGCGCUUACAAUCUCUCCGCCUUGGACGACCAGUUGGGCGCGGGUUAUGCUGUCGCUAGUCGCAAAAGGAACGUCGACUUUCAUGCAAUCUUUAAGUCUAUUCCUGAGGACGAUUAUCUCAUCGAAGAUUACGGAUGUGCUUUACAACGUGAUAUUCUCGUCCAAGGACGCUUAUACAUUUCGGAGCAACAUCUCUGUUUCAAUGCUAAUAUCUUUGGUUGGGUUACCACUCUCGUCAUUCCUUUUUCUGAUGUGGUGACCGUCGAAAAACGGAUGACUGCUUUGAUCAUUCCUAAUGCUAUUCAAGUGAUCACCACUCAGAGUCGACAUACAUUUGCCUCAUUCCUUUCCCGAGAUGCGACGUUUGAUUUGAUGAAUUCGAUCUGGAAUAUUGCCCGCCCGCCCGGAAGCAUACCGACGCAUGGCUUAACUCUGGAUGUGACGAUGCCCGCCUUAGAUGAUUUGAGUGAUGGGACGAAAGUCGCAGGAGGGUAUUCGGAAGACUCAUCUGCCUCCGCUCUCUCCCAUUCUUCUGCCACGCCCGCUCCUCCUAUCAAGAAAAUUGACCAUCCUCCGACGCAAUGCGAAUGUUCCCCCGACGAGCAUUAUAAGGAACUUAUCUGGGACGCUACUUAUCCUACCUCCCCUGAGAAACUUUAUAAUAUCUUGUUCCAAUCGGAUUUCUUGAAAGACUUUUGGGUCAAUGAGGAGCAUCUAACGGAGAUCGAAGUAGGAGACUGGACGACGUCACCAGAAGCCCAAUAUCCGUCGAGAUCGGUGUCAUAUAUCCGACCGGUGAAUGCGCCGGUGGGUCCGAAGACGAUCAAAUGUUUGGUAUCUGAUGAACAUCGCGCCCUGGAUUUCGACAAAUACGUCUCGGUCUUGAGCACCGCUAGAACCCCCGAUGCGCCCGCUGGUGGCAGCUUUUGCGUUCGCACUUUGACGUGUAUUACUUGGGGUCCGAAUAACUCUUCUAGGUGGCUCGUCACCGCUGCUGUUGAAUGGACUAAAGUUAAUCGGUUCUUGAAAUCUAUUAUUGAAAGUUCGGCCAUUAGUGGACAGAAAGCUUAUCAAGUCGGAGUCGAUCAAGCGUUACGAAAACACAUCCAACUAUCUCAGCCUCCGGAGCCGAUGAGCGAGCGAGUUGAGAGUGCCGGAGGAGCGGGAAAUAGCGGCGGAGGAGUUGGAGCGGGUUUGGGAGUCGGAGGAGUCAAAGCGAAAGGGGAACGAGGGAGGCCGAUUUCGAUGGCUCAAGCAGGCCGGAGUGGGACGGUCAAAGGGACCCCGGAGAGCCGGCCAUCGGACGCGAAUCGUACGUCUUCUAAGAUCGGGUCCGGUUCAGGAACAGCUGUUGUCUCGCUCUUUGGACUCGAGUUGUCCUGGAUGAUGCUCGGCUCAAUCGGCCUGGUCUUCCUCCUCCUCGUCUGGAACUUGCUCCUCUCCUUCUCUCCCCCUCGUCAUCAUCAUCAUCAUUCUUCUUCUUCGACGACGACGACAACGAGUCCUUCUCCGGUCCAUUUCGACGAUCCUUCCCAGCAGCUUCUUCUUCCUCCUCAGAAUCAGAACUCUAAGCAUCGCCAUUAUGAUCAGCAGUUGUCGCGCGACGUCGCCCAUACCGUGCGCGAAGCUUUGCACGAAUACUUCCGGGACCAUCCGAUCCUUCUCCACUCUUCAUCUCCAUCUCCAUCUUCUUCUCCACUCGAUAACCCUUUGUCUUCUUUCGAAGGCUCGACAACCGAGCCUUCUCCUUUAAACCAGGACGCCCCUGGAGACGGUGAUGGACAAUCUGGGACGGAGAAUGCGGGGGUCUUGUCCCCAGAUCUGGAAAUUGCGCAGAUUGAAUUGCUGCUCCAGUCGCUCGAGAUCCGAAUCAGGAAUGUCCGCAACUCGUUGGUCCUUAAUCCCAAUCCUUCUCAACCUGAGCACUCUUCUUCUUCUUCCCACACUUCUUCCCCUGGGGCUUUCAGUUAG